AUAGCUAGUGGGCCCCAAUGAAAAUCUUCUUCUAGUUGAUGGGUAGCUUAACGGCGUUUGAACUCUCGCCCAUUAUUUAACCCAGUUCGCAAACCCAAACCCAGCAAACACCCUCCAAAACUACACCCAAUGGCAAACUCAGCAACCCCUCUGAUUUUGCUCAUGCUCAUCUCUCUACUGGCAGCCAUUGAAGGAGCUCAAAACUCCACAGAGCUGAAGUGGGCCAAGAAGCUCAAGACGAGAAAGAAGACGACGUCGUCGGAGACAGUGACCAACCUCCAGUUCUACUUCCACGACACUCUCAGCGGGAAGACCCCAAGCGCCGUGCGUGUAGCCCAAGCCACAGACACCGAGAAGUCCCCCACCCUUUUCGGAGCUUUGCUUAUGGCGGAUGACCCGCUUACUGAAACACCCGACCCGAACUCCAAGCUCGUGGGUCGGGCCCAAGGACUGUACGGGUCAUCUUGCCAGCAAGAGCUUGGGCUGAUUAUGGCCAUGAACUUUGGGUUCACGGAUGGCAUGUACAACGGUAGCUCGAUUAGUAUUCUGGGUAAGAACUCGGCUAUGAACCCGGUUCGGGAGAUGCCGGUCGUGGCUGGAACCGGGGUUUUCCGGUUGGGCCGGGGGUAUGCGAUUGCCAAGACACAUUGGAUUGAUUUUACCACGGGUGAUGCAAUUGUUGGGUACAACGUUACUGUAAUUCACUAGAGUGAGUUACUUUAUCUUUCGAUAUUUCAUCCGUCUACUACUUGUUUUAUUUACUUUUAUAGUCGAAUAAUGUCAUUUAUGUCAUCUACUUUGCUUAAUGUUGAGCCGUGAUAUCUAUUUUCUUAGAGUCUC